GCGAGAUACGUUUUGUUCUCGCAGUCUAGAAGACAGGUGCUUCUGGUUCGAUAAUAUUCUAGUCUUUUUUUUUGCUAUUCGUCUGCCGUCAGUGGGCACAGUUUUAACUCGAAGGAAGCUAUAAAUUAAGGUCACAUCUUAAGUGGUGUUGAGUAACAGUUUGCUGGAUUUCGAAGUGUAUUUUCGAUCGCGGAACAUUUAAGAUGUCUUUUAAAAAAGAUUUGAUCCUGCUUAUAAAGCCCUAUUACUGGGUCAACAUAUUGAUGAGUAUCUCCUACUUGGUGGCAAAACGAGCACCCAUGAUUUGUAACUAUUUAUGGACUUACUUGUUCAACCAGCAAGAUCAAUGCGAGCUGGAUGGAAGGGAAACGGAAAUACUGUUCUUCCUGCUGAUUGUGGUCAUGAUUCGAACCAGGAAAACCGGAAGCGUCACCAUGAUCAACUAUCUGACGUCGAGUUUCACCUACACCAAGAUAGCGAACCUGGGCCUUUGGUUCUACAGCGAUAUUAGGCUGGGAUUGAUUUACGGAGUUUUGUUCAUCCUGGUUGCACUGGUUCUUCCGGAACCAACUUAUUCCGGUCCGGAGAAUACCGUUUACUUCCGGACUGAAAAUGGUUUGGACGAGGAGAUGGAACGGGACAAGCGUGUCAAUUGGCUGGUCACCUUCUAUACGGUUUGGAAUCCAGCUUGUGUCAAUUUCGCUCCCAUUUUCGCAGAAUUGUCUUGCGAGUAUAAUCUGCCCAAUUUGAAGUUCGGCAAGGUAGAUAUCGGUCGGUUUCCCAACAUUGGCAAAAAGUACCACGUCUCGGAUAGUUCCUUCAGCCGUCAGCUGCCGACGGUGAUUUUGUUCCGCAAUGGCAAGGAAGUGGAACGACGCCCCUACGCCGAUGCCAAGGGCAAGCUGGUGAAAUUCUUCUUCUCUGCGGACAACUUCAAGGCGGCAUUCGAUCUCAACAAUCUGUAUAAGGAGUGCAAGGACAACCCCAUCAAGGCGGGCAAAGCCAUCACGGCAAGCGAGAAAAAGAAAAAUUAAACGCUUCGUGCCGUCGCCCCCUAUCCUAAAUUCGAUCCGAUUAGGUUAACUAGAACUAUUGUUUAGAAUGCAUUUACAGUUAACGAGUGGAGUGUGUUUAUUCUGUAAGCCUGCAUCUCCCACGUUAUCACCUUACGUUUUUUUUUUUUAUCUUUGUCGCAAUCACUACCCCAUCAUAUUGAUUAGUUGAAGGAAUUAGGCAGUGCAGCAGUAGCUCCGAUAACGCGGCUCACCGAGUGUCAUCAUUCAUCACACGUUUCUCAACCAUACCUUCUAAUUCGAUGUGCUAAUUGGAAACAAGCGUGGCCAUUCAGAAAAAAAACCCUAACCGAAUAGAGUAGCUCGUGAAAUCGGUUUCGGUUUAGGUUUGCAAAUUAUUAGUUAUAGGCUUUGUUUCGUUCGAAUAAAACGAUAUAAGUUUGUUGUUUAGUGCACCUAUUAUUAUUUUUUUUUUUGAGUAAAUUUUGUCGGCAAAUAGAUAAACGAGUAAACGCGCAAAUAUUCGGUUCUUCAACAGACAGUGUUCAAGCUUGUCGGCGGAAAUCGUAAGGAAAGUAUCGAUAAUUGUAACUAAACCACUCAAUUCUCAGUAAUGGCUGAUAGAAUCAUCAGAACAAAAAUUGAUAUAUGAUUAUAGCGCGAUUGUAGUCAAUAAAUUUAGAAAGUUAUUGAAUCAA